CGGCAAGCCGGAGAAGGAUUCGAAGGAAAAGGGCGGAGGAGAGGGAGCUCUACCGGGGGGGAGUGAGUAAAUGAUAAACCUCCGUGACUUUUAGCGGUAGGACAAUUGAUAAAAAUAUUAUACAAUAUUGCAGGACUUCACAGACAAUUGGAAGCUACUUUGUAUACGGUGAACGUCAUAUGGCGAUAAGGUUUAGACCGUCAAGACAAGAGGGGCUGUGCUGGGUCCUGCACCUCAUCUGACCCCCUCUGCACCACAGCAGGACUACCUGGCCAUCUCAUGCUCACUAGAAACAGACAGGGUCUAUAAAGAGACAGAGUUCCUUCUUUCCCCAGAUCCAGUGUUGUAGAGGGAGGGACUGUAUUGGCUACCAGAAACGGGGAGCCUGUUUGCUCAGAUUGUAGUACAAGAGAACAUCAGCUCCCGUCCUUCAGAAUAGUUUGUCUGACGGUGCAGGCUGGUUUGGCGGGCGACAGGGAGUUACAGGAGCAAUGCAUCAGGGGUGAGGGGGAUUCGCUGCGGGGGACACACAGAGCGUCGGGUGAGGAGGGGGUCGGGGUAGGUCGGUGUGGAGAUGAAGCUCAAACAGCGCAUGGUGGUGCUGUGUGCCGUGCUCCUCCUGCUGGGCCUGGCCAAGAUCUUCCUGCUGGAUGGAGGCGAGGGUACUGCGUCCAGCCGACGGGACCUGAAAGCGUUUCGCAAGAUGGAAGCUGGCCUUCCUCUGUCCCGGGGAGCUCGCCUUACCCACACCCUUCAGUCUCCGUGGGAGAUAGCAAGCCAGUGGGUAGGCCCGAGAGAGGUGUAUCCCGAGGAGACCCCAGAGCUGGCUGCUGUGCUCACCUCCCUCAGCAGUGCCAGGGUAGAACGGGCAGAUGUGGGCUAUAAGGGCACGCAGCUCAAAGCCCUGCUGGUGCUGGACAGUGGACAGAAAGUUGUCUUCAAACCCAAGAGAUAUAACAGAGACUACGUUGUCGAAGGCGAGCCAUAUGCAGGCUAUGACAGGCACAACGCAGAGGUGGCUGCUUUUCACCUGGACAGGAUCCUGGGGUUCAGGAGAGCACCUCUAGUGGUCGGGAGAUACGUCAACGUGCGAACAGAGAUUAAACCUGUGGCCACAGACCAGCUGCUGAGCACCUUCCUCAUGCAGGGUAAUAACACAUGUUUCUAUGGGAAGUGUUAUUACUGUCGGGAGAGCGAGCCAGCGUGUGCAGAGGGGGAGAUUAUGGAGGGUUCGUUAACCCUUUGGCUGCCAGACGUCUGGCCAUUGCAGAAACACAGACACCCCUGGGGACGCACAUACAGAGAGGGGAAACUGGCCAGGUGGGAGUACGAUGAGAGUUACUGUGAGGCAGUGAAGAAAAUGCCUCCAUAUGAUGCAGGGCCGAGGCUGCUGGAUGUCAUCGACACGGCCGUAUUUGAUUAUCUCAUUGGGAACGCUGAUCGGCAUCACUACGAGAGCUUCCAGGAUGACGGCGGCGCCAGCAUGCUCAUCCUGCUCGACAACGCAAAGAGCUUUGGGAACGCAGCUCUGGAUGAGCGAAGUAUCCUCGCACCUCUCUAUCAGUGCUGCAUGGUUCGUGUCUCAACAUGGAACAGGUUAAACCUGCUGAGGAGUGGAGCUCUGAGUUCAGCUAUGCGGCAGGGCUUGGCAUUCGACCCCAUCCACCCGGUGCUGGCUGAGCCACACCUCGCAGCCCUGGACAGGCGUCUGUCUGGAGUCAUAGCGACUGUCAAGCAGUGUAUGGAGACACAAGGCCCCGACAACACUCUAAUAGAGGACCGAAUUAACCUCCCGCACCCUUAGAGUCGAGGGACAGGAGAAAACCGAAGAAAAGGAACAGCCAGGACUUGAACCUCACAAGCGAAGGAGAAGAGGAGAGGGCCCUGGGCUUAAAGAGAAGCAGAGGGAGGAAAUGGAUGGACGGGGCAGCGCAUUUCUUCUCCACUGGUCCUUUCCAUGUUUUUCACGCUGAUCCGACUGUAGCGGUUCCCUAAAAGGAAUCGCUGCAUUCAACGUGGUGUCACUUUUAACUAUAUAAACUUUUUCUCAGGACUGUUGUACGCUAUAGGACGGCACAUGCUGUAAGCACCCCUCCUUCUUCUACUCCUGGCUGUGACGACGCUCCUUUGCCAAAUUCUCCCUCCCAGUCCAGCUUUUCCUUAGGAUUCUACUAAGGAGGAUGAAGCUCGGAGAGAUGGAGGGAAGGUGACAAUUAGCCACCUGCGUCUCGAUGAAAGACACUGUACAGACGUGUUGCAGGCUGUUUAAAGCUUACAGACCAAGAAACUGGAAAAUAGAUUCCUGUUGAAUUAACAGGAAAUGAAAUCCAUUUGUUUUCCUUGAAUUGAAACUUUGAUUGGAAGGAACAGAGGAUAAACUCAGCCCUUCCCUCAUCAUUGUGUACAUAUUUAACUAAGUAGUGACAUAGAAUUAUGAGAUGAAAGAAUAUACAUUUGGGAAUUAUAAUAUUAAAUACACUUAAGGGUGGGUAGGUGUGUGUGUUUACGAGUGUGUGUGGGGGUGUGUGUGUGUGUAUGGAAGAGCGCCAUAUUGUGCCGUAAAUAAGAAAAGCUACUGACAUGACAGACUUGAAGUAAGGUUAUACGGAGGGCGGGUGUGUGGGUUCAUCUUCAGCAUUAAACUAUGAUCUAUUUAUUUCUGGUUAUCUGUCAUCUCUUUUUCCAUGUGUUCACCACAAAAUGAAAAUAAACAUUUACUUUGAUGUGG